AGCUCUGAAGCACGCAGGAUGGCCUUCUCAGGCCGAGUGCUUCCCUACACUAUUCCAGAGAAUGAAGAAAUCCCUCGGACAAUCCUUAAUAAUGUCCACGAGGCUAAUGGGAAUGAAGACGAGAGGGCUGUUUCCAAAUUGCAGCGCAGACACAGUGAUAUAAAAGUCUACAAGGAGUUUUGUGACUUUUACGCAAAAUUCAACAUGGCCAAUGCUCUGGCCAGUGCUACAUGUGAGCGCUGCAGGGGUGGUUUUGCGCCUGCUGAGAAGAUUGUGAACAGUAAUGGCGAGCUGUACCAUGAACAAUGCUUUGUGUGUGCUCAGUGCUUCCAGCAGUUCCCGGAAGGACUCUUCUAUGAGUUUGAAGGAAGGAAGUACUGUGAACACGACUUCCAGAUGCUCUUUGCUCCCUGCUGCCACCAGUGUGGUGAAUUCAUCAUUGGCCGAGUUAUCAAAGCCAUGAACAAUAGCUGGCAUCCUGAGUGCUUCCGAUGUGACCUCUGCCAGGAAGUGUUGGCAGAUAUUGGAUUUGUCAAGAAUGCGGGAAGACACCUUUGUCGGCCCUGUCAUAAUCGUGAGAAAGCAAGAGGUCUUGGGAAAUACAUCUGCCAGAAAUGCCAUGCCAUCAUUGAAGAGCAACCUCUGAUCUUCAAGAAUGACCCUUACCACCCAGACCACUUCAACUGUGCCAACUGCGGGAAGGAAUUGACUGCUGAUGCCCGGGAGCUGAAAGGGGAACUGUACUGCCUGCCAUGUCAUGAUAAGAUGGGGGUCCCCAUCUGUGGUGCCUGUCGGAGGCCCAUUGAAGGACGUGUGGUAAACGCCAUGGGCAAGCAGUGGCAUGUGGAGCAUUUUGUUUGUGCCAAGUGUGAAAAACCAUUUCUUGGACAUCGCCAUUAUGAAAGGAAGGGCCUGGCCUAUUGUGAAACCCACUAUAACCAGCUAUUUGGUGAUGUUUGUUUCCAUUGCAACCGUGUCAUAGAAGGUGAUGUGGUGUCUGCCCUCAACAAGGCCUGGUGUGUGAGCUGCUUUGCCUGUUCUACCUGUAACACCAAAUUAACACUCAAGGAUAAGUUUGUUGAAAUUGAUCUAAAACCUGUCUGCAAACACUGUUAUGAGAAAAUGCCAGAAGAAUUUAAGAGGCGGCUUGCCAAACGAGAGAGAGAAGCGAAGGAUAAAGAGAAGCAGAAAAAGAAAAAGCCAGUCUGAAUAAAUUUGUGGAGUUUGACAUGAAGCCAGUCUGUAAGAAGUGCUAUGAGAAAUUUCCACUGGAGCUGAAGAAAAGACUUAAGAAACUAGCUGAGACCUUAGGAAGGAAAUAACUUCCUUUAUUUUAUUUUUUCUCUUCUAUGCAAAAAUAGAUUACCAACAUUACUUGACUUAAUCUACCUUUAUUUAAAACUAUAUCUCAAAACAUUGAGAAAGAGGAAUGUUUUUUAUUCUUUUCUCAUUAUAAAGGAAGAAAAAACAUUGUGUAAUCAUAUCUAAAACACAGUUAAAGGCAUGUCUUUGUUUAGCCAUGUUUGUUGACAUGUAGACUAUAUAGCAAAAUACACUGUCAAAUGUUAGUUUAUAAUUAAGGCCCCCCAAAUUAAAUACAACUUUCAAAAUGAAUGGGGUCAGCUUUUAGAUGACUCAGAUUAAAAAGAAAACUGUAAACAUUUUUCUUUGUAUUCAAAAGAAAAUUCUCCCACUUUUAUUGGGGGUGGUAUAGAGAAGAGAAAUAAACAACUGAAACCAA